UUCAUUCCACCGUCAAUAGUGAAAUUGUAAGAGAUGGACCGGAUAAGAAAACGUGUGGAAGACUUGUGUUCUGCAGAUGUCGGAGAAAGUGUUAACGGAGCUGACCUAGAGAAAUUCGGCCUCGAAGGUAUAAAACUAAGGCCAUACCAGCUGUCUGGAGUCAACUGGCUGAUACAGAGAUAUGCAAGGUCCCACGGCUGUAUUCUGGGAGAUGAAAUGGGGCUUGGGAAAACGUGUCAGACAAUAUCCUUCCUAGUGUACCUGUAUGGCAGCCAGAAGAACCAUGGACCACACCUCAUUCUGUGCCCUCUGUCUGUCAUAGGGAACUGGAAAGAUGAACUGAACAGAUUUGCCCCAAAGUUGAAAUUGUUGAGUUAUCUGGGAGACAAGGACACCAGGGGAGAGCUGAGGGAUAAAGUCAAGGAAGAGAAAGAGGGCGACCACUUCCCCUUCCAUGUGCUGCUGACAACAUAUGAGGUGUGUCUGAAGGAUUCUAGUUUUUUGGCUGAAAUACCAUGGCGCACUCUAGUGGUGGACGAGGCACACAGACUGAAGAACCAGGAAUCUUUGCUUCACCAGACACUGAAAGGAUUUACCAUUGAGCAUCAUAUUCUCCUGACUGGCACCCCAGUACAAAACAACCUUACAGAGCUGUACUCACUGCUGUGUUUUGUGGCACCACAUGUGUUCAAGUGGAGAUAUCUGGAGGAGUUUCUAGACAGAUACAGCGAUGUGGACAACAGUAGUAAAGACCGCAAUGACCUGCACAAACUGCUGAAGCCAUUUAUUCUGAGGCGAGUGAAAAACGAGGUUCUUAAAGAUCUUCCCAAGAAGUCAGAAGUGGUGUUAUACCACGGUCUCACAGCACUGCAGAAGAAGUACUACAAAGCUAUUCUCACCAAAGACACUGAGGCCUUUGAAAGCGGCAACCCUUACGGACCACCAAAGACAUGCCUGAUGAACAUCCUGAUGCAGCUGAGGAAGUGUGUGGACCACCCCUACCUCUUUGAUGGAGUGGAACCUGAGCCGUUUGAACUCGGAGAGCACCUGGUAGAGGCCAGUGGCAAACUGGUCCUCAUCGACCAGUUACUGGCCUACCUCCGGCCGCGUGGACACAAGGUCCUGCUGUUCUCUCAGAUGACCAGAAUGUUGGACAUUAUACAGGAUUAUCUGGGAUAUAGAGGCUAUUCCUAUGAGAGAUUGGAUGGCUCAGUAAGAGGAGAAGAAAGAUUUCUUGCUGUUCAGAACUUCAAUCAACAGGACGAUACUUUUAUCUUUUUACUCAGCACAAAAGCAGGUGGCCAGGGUUUGAACCUCGUCUCGGCAGAUACUGUGAUAUUCAUAGACAGCGACUUUAAUCCACAGAAUGACCUACAGGCGGCAGCACGCGCCCAUAGGAUUGGCCAGAAAAGAGCUGUCAAGGUGCUGCGUUUGAUCGGCCGCAGCACAGUGGAAGAAAUAGUCCUCAGAAGAGCCGAGGCCAAGUUAAAGCUCACACAGUCUGUGAUUGAAGGUGGGCAGUUUUCUUUGGGGGCGGGGUCUGUGAACAAGGAGGCACUGAUUGCAGAUGACAGCAUUCAGCUACAGGACAUAUUAAAGUUUGGGGUGGACCAACUGUUUGAGAGUGAGGAGGGAACCCUGGAAGAGGUGGACUUUGAUCAAAUCCUUGGACCCACAAAGAAGGGACAUUGGCAGUCAGAAGAUGUAGAGCAGACAGCAGCGGAAUUGGCUGAUGAAGAAGAGGGCAGUGAUGAUGUAGAGAACAUGUAUGUGUUUGAAGGCAAGGAUUAUUCCAAGGGAUCCUCAGAUGAUGACAAGAAAGCAUUUGAUCAGCUGCUGGCAGCUGAAGUGGCAAAACUUGAAGAGAGCACCUCAGCAGAGCGCAGUCUACGAAAGAAGAAAGGUCUUCUGCUGAGUGCACUCCCUGAUGUUCCAAGAAAGCCCCGGAAACAACUCACAGAGGAAGAGAAGGAAGAGAGGAAAAGAAAGAGAGCAGAGACAGCAGCUAGAAGAGCUCAAGAAGCAGAGGAGGAGGAGGUGAGACGAGCACAGGAGAGAAGACAGAGGAGGGAAGAGAAGUGGGCCGCAAACAACUACACCUCCUGUAAUGUAGAACUGGACAGCGAGGGGGAGGAAGAGGAGGAGGAAGAUGGGGGAGGUUCUCAACAGAUUUGUUAUGUCAGUGGUGAUGUCACACAUCCUAGUCACACAGGAGAUGAAGAUGCCUUUAUAGUACAUUGUGUGGAUGACUCUGGCAACUGGGGGUCUGGAGGUUUGUUCUCAGCUCUCUCUGCCAGAUCACAACAGCCAGAAAUACAGUAUGAACUGGCAGGCAGCAUGAGAGACUUAGCGCUGGGUGAUACACACAUCAUACAAGUGGAUGAUCUUCAGAGUAGAGAGAAGGGAAGCGAUAUGGCUGCCCUGAUAGUCACACAACACAGAGACAGAAAGAACAAGUUGUCUGGAAUAAAGCUUCCAGCACUGGAGGAGGGACUUCAGAGGUUAUAUAAAGUUGCCAAACAGAGAAAUGCCAGUGUCCAUCUCCCCAGGAUAGGCUACAAUACCCCUGGGUUCAACUGGUACGGCACGGAGCGCCUCAUCAGAAAAUGGCUAGCAGCAAAGGGCAUUCCGACAUACAUAUACUAUUAUCCCAGAAAAAAAGCAGCAAAACGAAGGCACUCGGACGAUUGUGAGCAAAAAUCUAAGAGAAAACCAAGUGACAAAGUCCCCAGUGCCUCCUCCAGCUCCUCCCUCCCAGUUUACAUGCAGGGAGUGAACGCAUACUUUCACCACAUUCCUGAAAAAGAAGCCAAGAAACUGAAGAGAUACCUUGUAGCUUAUGAUGGAGACGUCUCCAGAGACGUGGAUGAAAGCACAACACACAUACUCAUCAACGGUGAGAAGCAAGAAGACACUGAGAUUUUCCAGAGGUGGAGUGAAGAAAAUGAAGACUUGAAGAUUGUAAAACUUAACUGGCUGCAAGACUGCUUGUAUAAGGGGAAAAAACUGAAUGAGGAUAAUUAUCUUUUGGACCAGUUUUAACUUUCAAGAUGUUUUUCCAUAUAGUUUUAUGUUACUGUUCCAAAAGAAAAGUCUGUGAUAUCGAUUUAUAUUUCGUGUAUGUGUAAGUUUUGAUUAUAUUGUGGCAAAGAAAUCUGCUAUCAUCAUAGAAAUUUGUGAUCCUCUUUGAAAAAAAAGUCAUCACGUUUGUAUUAUUUCUUUCUUUCUCAUCUGAUUAGUGAAAUGGGAGCCAGAGCCUUGGAGAACAAUCUGACUGUCAAAUUAUCACUGCAGUUACAAUUUAUUCCUGAUGAAGAGGAAUGUGUUUUAUUUUGCCUUUUGUAAUUUUGUAGGAGCGAGAAAAAUAAAGACAAAUCACUUACA